AUGUCACCAACUGAAAUGAAAGAGUUGAAGAUACAACUACAAGAACUGCUUGAUAAAGGAUUCAUUCAUCCAAGCACUUCUCCUUGGGACGCAUCGGUUCUUUUUGUUAAGAAGAAAGAUAGGACACUCUGGUUAUGUGUUGACUACCAGGAGCUCAAUAAGACACUUCGAGAUAAGAGGCUGUAUGCGAAAUUGAAGAAGUGCGAGUUUUGGCUACAUGAAGUGGUGUUUUUGGGGCACAUAAUUAAUAAAGAAGGUGUUUCUGUUGACCCACACAGGAUAGAAGCCAUUGUGAAUUGGCCAUCUCCUACGAAUGUAAGAGAGGUGCGAAGUUUCUUGGGCUUAGCAAGGUACUACCGGAGAUUUGUACAAGACUUCUCCAAGAUUGCAACAACACUAACCCAAUUGACCCAAAAAGGGGCUACGUUUGAGUGGACAGAACAAAGGGAAAUUGCCUUUAAGGAGUAA